GUAGGUCAAGAAUCUUGUAGAGAAGCUGGCAAAUGUGAAAGCGACAGCUUAUUUUCAGCUAUUUUACUUUCUCUUAAUAUAUUUAUUUAUUUAGGUUUUUGUUCAAUUUGUCUACUUUUGCCAUAAAUCUCAAAACACGACGCCAUUAAAUAAAUAUGCAACGGCGAAGCAGUUUAUUAAGUUUGUGAUGUUGGAAGAUAGAAGGGUUUUGCCUACCCACAGUGAACACCAUAUCCAUGCAGAAGUGGGAGCAUCAUGAUAUAGGGCUUCUUCUCUUCAGAAGCUGGAUUUGGAGCACAAAUCCAGAAAUACAAAUAUUACAUAAUGGAGAAAAACAUGUAUGUCCAUGCGGGAAGAAAUCCUCUACAGUAUGUGUAGAGUUGAAGAUGUUUUCUAAAUGUAAGCGGAGGUGUACAGAGAGCAUCUGUGACAAUAUUGGCAGCAGUUUUAUAAGCAGUUAUGAUGGCAUUCAACCACAACUUCAAAAGAGGAUUGAACCCCGAGCUGAGCCUAGCUUGGCGGUACAGGAAGAAGAAGAAGAAACAUCAGAAUCUGUUAUUUGUGGGUGUAGUAGCCUGGGUGUUGCUCUCCUGUAUUUUUUUCUGGCAAAACACCUACUCUGACAUGAUCGUCGUCCGCUUGUCUCUGCUGCUAAGUUCCACCCAGGACAGCAUGAGGCUCAUCACUGCUUCCCAUGUGGAAAACAACAUCAGCGCUGAACAGCUGAAGGACAAAUAUCGCCAUCAUGGCAGAACUUUCCAACCUCCUGUAAUUCAGCAGAAUUGGAGUUUAGAUGAGUCCUGGGUGGAUAAAGUGGUAAGAGGACUGUGGAUGGGCUGGGCAACUUCUGACAUGCUGAGUUUACGGCUUCAGAAAGACAAGAAGAAAUAUACUGCUAUCAAUCUGUACAGGGUGAAUUAUAAAAGACACUCGAAGGAGCAGAGGGACAAGAAGAAGCUCCUGUGCCAGCUAAAGCAGCAGGAACCACUCCGUACUCUGACUGGGUUGGAGGAGCCCUUCGCCAGCCUAGGGUGGCAGAAACUGGUGCCCCACCAACCUCUGGAGCAGACCAUUAGAGGCCCCUACAGGACAUGUGCUGUGGUUUCCUCUGCUGGUGCCAUUCUCAACUCAUCCCUGGGUCUUGAGAUUGAUUCUCAUGAUGCAGUGCUUCGGUUCAAUGCUGCUCCAACUGAGGGCUAUGAGAAUGAUGUGGGCAGCAAGACCACCAUCCGCAUCAUUAACUCUCAGAUUAUGGCUGAUCCGCAGUAUAUGUUUGCUGACAGUCCUCUCUAUAAGAAUAUUACACUUGUUGCAUGGGAUCCUGGUCCAUAUUCUGGCAACCUUGAAAAGUGGUUCAAGAGCCCAGAUCAUGACCUGUUCACAGCAUAUAUUGAACACAGGAUGAGAUCUCCAUUACAGCCCUUCUACAUCCUGCACCCAGACUUCCUCUGGAACCUGUGGGACGUUCUUCAGAGCAACACAGAAGAGAACGUCCAUCCCAAUCCACCCUCAUCAGGGUUUAUAGGUAUCAUUCUGAUGAUGAGCAUUUGUAAGACUGUUGAUAUCUACGAGUUUAUCCCAUCUAAAAAGCACACAACUCUGUGCCACUACUAUGAGCAGUACCAUGACUUUGCCUGCACAUUGGGAGCAUAUCACCCACUGUUUUAUGAGAAGCUCCUCGUCAGAAGAAUGACCACUGUCUCUUUGGACGAACUUAUGACAAAGGGCAAGGUCACUCUCCCAGGGUUUAGUCAGAUCACCUGCUCAGGGCAAAAAGUAUAAUAAAGAUGGUGGCAUAAACUCAGAACUCAUUUAAAAGCCACAAACAGAAAUGACCAAAUUAAAAUAUGAGAUAAAUCAGAGUCUAUUACACUGCAUUACUACUAUGGGGAAAGGGGCAGGGGUGAAAGGUAUGAAUAGUCGUACUUUGUUACUAUAUUUAAAGAUUAUUUUGGUGUAAAUACACAUUACUUCAGUAUAUUUUUAAACCAAAUACCUGUGACAAAUAUUGAAAGUCUCUUCUCAUCUAGCCAAUGACUGUAUGCUAAUGUACAGUAUUAGUCGAGCGUGCUCAGUUUAGAGUCCAAUCAUUUGUGUUUAGAAUCCAUUCACUUCCAUUUAGAAACCGGAAUAUUCUGUUCAUCAGUGUUGAAAAACACGAAUUAUGCCAGUUCAUCACAAUAUAGUUAACGUUAUAGGUAUCUGUACAUCUGAAUAUGGAUAAACCACUGGACUGCAGUUUGAAUCCUGAGUACUCCUGUAAACAGCAGUUUUUCCUGCUGAAAAACAAAGACUUGAACUUCAGCAUACAUGGAGACUGGAAGCUAAGGACAACAAUGUUGGAAUAUUGUAAUGGGGAACUGGCAUCAGAAAAUGUCUGCUACUACUGUACAUGCUUUGAAAGAACAAAACAAUCCGAGCCAAACAGACCUAGAGAACAGCAGUUUCAGUACAUACACAAAGUUAGAAUAAGCACUGAUAGAGACACUGGUACUGUACCUAUGACAGGAUGUUUGGACUGUAGGACUAAAGGGGACAAAAUUUUGGAUGAAAGCCUUUCAUAUCUUUAUCAUUGUUAGGAGUAAACCACUAUAUGUGACUUAUGUUCAUAUUGAGAAUGCACAUUUGUUUAUGGUUUCAUCAUUUUAAAAGUGUAUCCUUUUUUAAAGGUAACUCUUACUCAGGAUUGUAAAUUUUAACCACUUUUGGCAUUUAAAUAAGAUAAAAAAAUUAAAUGCAAAUAAAAAACAUUUAAGAACUUAUUGUCCACCCUUCUAAAUGUCUUGAAGUUGUCUAAUUCAAUUUGUUCAAAAACACGGCCUUAUGUUGUUUUUAAGGAUUAAUGGUUUUACUGUAGAUUUCAGGUGUUUGCACUACAGGUUUUAUUGUAUGCAUGU